ACAUGAGCUCGCAGCAGUUCCCCCGUUCGGGCGCGCCUCCCGCCGCCCUGGGACCAGCGCCCCCUCCCAUCCCCACCAGCGGCUCCGCCGGGAUUAUCGCCCCCGCCACCACAGUGAGUGACGAAUCUAGUCGUGAGUCAGAAGUUGCUCCCAGAGAGCACAUGGGCCCCAGUGGCUCCAUCCAGCCUCGGGAGGAGAAGCAGGAGCCCGUGGUGGUUCGGCCAUACCCACAGGUCCAGAUGCUGACCCAGCACCACCCUGUCCAGUCUGGGGCCCCAGUGACAGUGACAGCACCACCAGCACAUCUGACUCCAGCUGUGCCACUUUCUUUUUCAGAUGGGCUUAUGAAGCCUCCCUUGAAGCCCACCAUGCCCAGCCGGCCCAUUGCUCCUGCUCCACCCUCCACUCUCUCAGCUCCCACAAAGGUCCCGGGGCAGGUGACUGUGACCAUGGAAAGCAACAUACCACAGGCUCCAACUAUUCCCGUGGCAACUAUCAGUGGGCAACAGGGGCAUCCCAGUAACUUGCAUCACAUCAUGGCCACCAACGUGCAGAUGUCCAUCAUCAGGAGCAGUGCUCCUGGGCCUCCACUGCACAUUGGAGCUUCCCAUCUGCCCCGAGGUGCAGCAGCUGCUGCAGUGAUGUCCAGUUCUAAAGUAACUACAGUGCUGAGACCAGCCUCCCAGUUGCCAAAUGCAGCUGCAGCCCAGCCAGCAGUUCAGCACAUCAUUCACCAGCCAAUCCAGUCUCGUCCUCCUGUGACAACUUCCAGCACUAUUCCUCCUGCAGUGGUGGCAACUGUCUCAGCCACAAGGGCUCAGUCCCCUGUUAUAACCACAACAGCAGCACAUGCCACAGAGUCAACCCUCAGCCGCCCCACGCUGUCCAUCCAGCAGCACCCCCCUUCUGCAGCCAUCAGCAUCCAGCGGCCGGCGCAGCCACGGGACACGGCCACGCGGAUCACGCUGCCCUCACACCCAGCCAUAGGCACCCAGAAACCACAGCUCCACACCAUGGCUCAGAAAACCAUUUUCAGUACUGGUACUCCGGUGGCAGCAGCAACUGUGGCACCUAUUUUGGCAACAAAUACCAUUGCUUCAGCAACCACAGCUGGUUCCGUAUCUCACACCCAAGCGCCUACAAGCACCAUUGUUACCAUGACAAUGCCCUCACAUUCUUCCCAUGCUACAGCUGUCACGACCUCAAACAUCCCAGUUGCUAAAGUGGUUCCCCAGCAAAUCACACACACUUCUCCCCGGAUCCAGUCUGAUUACACAGCAGAGAGGAGCAACCUCAUACCUCUGUCCAGCCACCGGGCAUCUCCAAAUCCAGUAGCUAUGGAAACCAGAAAUGACAACAGGCAGUCGGUGCCUGUCCAGUUCCAGUAUUUCUUACCUACCUACCCCCCCUCUGCCUACCCUCUGACUGCCCACACCUACACCCCCAUCACCAGCUCUGUGUCCACCAUCCGCCAGUACCCAGUUUCAGCCCAGGCGCCCAACUCGGCCAUCACAGCUCAGACUGGUGUGGGAGUGGCCUCCACUGUGCACCUGAACCCCAUGCAGCUGAUGACAGUCGAUGCAUCUCACGCCCGGCACAUCCAGGGCAUCCAGCCAGCCCCCAUCAGUGCCCAGGGCAUCCAGCCAGCCCCCAUCAGUGCCCAGGGCAUCCAGCCAGCUCCCAUUGGGACCCAGGGGCUGCACCCUGCUGCACCCAUGGGCACGCAGGGGCUGCAGCCAGCGCCCAUCGGUGCCCAGCAGCCACCGGGAGACACCAAGACCUCAGCAGUAGUCUUGGCAGAUGGAGCCACCAUUGUAGCCAAUCCUAUUAGCAACACCUUCAACACUGCUUCUGCAGCGACUACAGUUGUGCAAACCCACAACCAGAGUGCCAGUGCCAGUGCUCCAGCCCAGGGCUCCUCCCCACGCCCGAGCAUCCUUCGCAAGAAACCAGCCACGGAUGGGCUGGCUGUCCGGAAAAGCUUAAUUCCCCCUCAGCCACCUGAAGUGGCCAGCACACGUGUGGAGAGCACGAUGCGAAGCACCUCUGGAUCACCAAGGCCUGCUGGCGGCAAGCCAAAGCCUGAAAUCCACGUGUCCAUGGCCGCUCCAGUCCCCGUGUCUAUGGAGGCAGUGUGUAACCAAGGUGGAGAGCAGCCCACCAUCACAGUUCCCCCGACCUCCCAGCAGCCCCCCUCUGCCAUUCCCACCAUCAUCGCAGCCGCCAGUCCCACCUCCCAGCCUGCAGCAGCACUCUCCACCAUCCCAGGAGCUGUUGCAGCUGCCCCACCAACUUCCACCGCCAUCGUGGCAGCACCUGCUCCUCCAUCCACCAUGAGUGGGGCCCUGUCAGCAGUGCUGGGCCCUGUGGUACCAGAGAUCAAAAUCAAAGAGGAAAUGGAGCCUAUGGAUAUCAUGAGACCGGUAUCUGCAGUCCCUCCUUUGACUACAAGUACUGUGUCUCCAUCUUUGGCACUGCUGGCCAACAAUCUUUCCAUGCCUCCAAGUGAUUUGCCACCUGGUGCCUCACCGAGGAAGAAACCCCGUAAGCAGCAGCAUGUCAUCUCCACAGAGGAAGGGGACAUGAUGGAAACAAACAGCACUGAUGAUGAGAAAUCCACUGCCAAGAGCUUGCUGGUGAAGGCAGAGAAGCGAAAGUCUCCUCCAAAGGAGUAUAUAGAUGAGGAGGGUGUGAGAUACGUCCCUGUGCGUCCCAGGCCGCCGAUCACGCUGCUCCGUCACUACCGCAACCCCUGGAAAGCGGCUUACCACCACUUCCAGAGAUACAGCGACGUCCGCGUCAAAGAAGAGAAGAAGGCCAUGCUGCAAGAGAUUGCCAAUCAGAAGGGUGUGUCCUGUCGUGCUCAAGGGUGGAAGGUCCAUCUCUGUGCAGCGCAGCUACUACAGCUGACAAACCUGGAGCACGACGUGUAUGAGAGGCUGACUGCCCUGCAGGAGGGACUCAUCCCAAAGAAAAAGGCUGCGACUGAUGAUGACUUGCAUCGAAUCAAUGAACUGAUACAGGGGAACAUGCAGAGGUGUAAACUCGUGAUGGAUCAAAUCAAUGAGGCUCGAGACUCCAUGCUAAAGGUCUUGGAUCACAAGGAUCGUGUUUUGAAGCUGCUAAACAAGAAUGGAACUGUCAAGAAAGUGUCCAAAUUGAAGCGAAAGGAGAAGGUCUGAAUGCAGACUAAUGACUUUGGAAAUGGAGAACAUGUACAGAAUGGAGCUGAACCUUUUUGUAGUUUGGGUUUAUUUUUAAGCAGAGCACCGGAAUAAAAAAGGAUGAGUUUAGGGAACAGAUGGACACGUGAAGCCUGGUGACCUGAAGGGAUUGUCCUUGAUCUGGUCAUAAUGAACAAAGAUUUCUCUCAGGCUCAUCCCUUUUUAAAGUCUUUCCAGUCCCACUGUUUAACUCCCGUUGUGUCAGGUAUGGACACACCUGUAAGGCAGGAGGUUGUACAGGGGACUCCAGGAGGCUGACAUACAGCUAUGGACCCAGACAGCCAGCCAAGCAGUGGAAAUGGCACCUCUUUCAGUUACCCCAUUCAGUUCUCAUUCUGACCUUCCAGUGUCUAAAGCAGCCUUUUACACCAGUGCCACUGCACUAGGGGAUCUGCCACAAAGAAUCUCCAACAGCUCAGAAGUCCUAACUGUCAAGGUUAAGGAAAACAAAAAAAAAGAAAACAAGAAAAAAAGGAAAAAAAAAAGGGGGGGGGGGAGGGGGGAAAUAAUUUCAAAGUGAUAUCAUAGUGUCUGUGUCUGUGUUGGUGCCCUGGGAUACUUGUGUUGAGGUACCUCUUGCAACAGAGGUGCUGUAGCUGGUGUAAUGUUAAUUGUAUGUACCACAUACAUCCUGAAAACAUGAAUAAAGGAAUUGGAGGGUUUUGUA